AAACAUUACCCCCAACAGACUCACUGAGUAACCCACCGAGUUCCACCCUAUAAAAACCCUACUUUCAACCUUAACCUCUUAUCCAAUGUCCUUCGACACCACAUCAAUGUCAAGUGACCUCCCAUUUCUCGGCCCAAGAUCCGGCCCAUCAAGCAUGGACCUCCAACAACUCUCCCGCCGACCAAAACACCACGUUUCUCCUACGUUAGGCGAGCUCAUGCAACUUGUCGGAGACUCCAACGUUGUUGUUCCGAACCAAAACAAUGUUUUUGAAACACUUCAUUCAUCCCCUUUUGUUCUUUCUUUUAACAAUCUUACUUAUAGUGUCAAAACACCACGUAAGAUCACACUUUCUAAUGCUCUUAAUGGUGGUAAAAUAUCCGUAUCAAACACCAAAGUUUUGCUCGAUGAUAUCUCCGGUGAGGCGCGCGAAGGCGAGAUCAUGGCGGUUCUCGGUGCAAGCGGGUCGGGUAAAUCGACGUUGAUCGACGCUCUAGCGAACCGGAUUGCGAAAGAAAGGUUGAAAGGUAGUGUUAUGUUAAACGGUGAAGUUCUUGAGUCGAAAUUGCUUAAGGUUAUUUCGGCUUAUGUCAUGCAAGAUGAUUUAUUGUUUCCUAUGUUAACCGUGGAGGAAACGUUGAUGUUUUCGGCCGAGUUUCGGCUGCCGCGGACGCUUUCAAAGGCGAAGAAGAAAGCGAGGGUUCAAGCGUUGAUCGAUCAGUUAGGAUUAAGGAAUUGCGCGAAAACGGUUAUUGGCGAUGAAGGUCAUCGAGGCGUAUCGGGUGGUGAACGACGUCGUGUUUCGAUUGGAAUCGACAUCAUUCACGACCCGAUUGUGUUGUUUUUGGACGAGCCGACAUCCGGGUUGGAUUCGACAAGCGCGUAUAUGGUGGUUAAAGUGUUGCAAAGGAUUGCGCAAAGUGGGAGUAUAGUUAUUAUGUCUAUACAUCAACCAAGUUACCGAAUUAUGAGUUUACUUGACAAGUUAAUAUUUCUUUCUAGAGGACAAAUGGUGUUUAGUGACAACACAUCUAAACUACCCGAAUUUUUCGCGCAAUUGGGAAACCCGAUCCCCGAAAACGAAGAUCGAACCGAGUUUGCUCUCGAUUACAUUCGAGAGCUUGAAAUAUCGGGUGCUGGUACCAAACCACUAGUCGAUUUUUAUAAAUCGUGGUCGAGAAACCAAAACCGUGAAACAACCUUGUUUCAAGGAGCAAAGAUGUCACUAAAAGAUGCAAUAAGUGCAAGCAUUUCUAGAGGCAAAUUAGUGUCCGGUGCAACAAACAUAGACUCAAAUCUAUCAUCAACAGUUCCAACAUUUGCAAACCCUUUUUGGGUCGAAGUUGUUGUGAUAGCGAAACGUUCGAUGCUCAAUUCGUGGCGAUCGCCCGAACUUUACGCCAUCCGGCUAGGUGCGAUAGUCGUCACGGGGACCAUACUCGCAACCAUGUUUCGAAACCUCGACAACACACCACGGGGAAUCCAAGAACGGUUAGGGUUUUUCGCGUUCGCGAUGUCCACAAUGUUCUACACUUGUGCGGAAGCAAUCCCCGUGUUCCUUCAAGAAAGAUAUAUUUUCAUGAGAGAAACCGCGUACAACGCGUAUAGGCGUUCGUCGUACGUUGUAUCGCAUUCGAUAAUCGCCAUCCCUUCGUUAAUCUUCCUCUCAUUCGUAUUCGCUUGCAUAACCUUUUGGGCGGUCGGGUUAGCGGGUGGCUCCAUGGGUUUUUUCACCUUCUUGAUGUUCAUAUUCGCGUCGUUUUGGGUCGGAAGCUCAUUCGUCACAUUCCUAUCGGGUGUCGUGGCGCAUGUGAUGCUCGGUUACACGGUUGUGGUGGCGGUGCUCGCGUAUUUUCUUUUGUUCAGCGGCUUCUUCAUCACACGCGAUCGAAUACCCGCGUAUUGGUUAUGGUUUCACUAUAUAUCACUUGUGAAAUAUCCUUACCAAGGUGUUUUGCAAAAUGAGUUUGAUGAUCCUAACAAAUGUUUUGUGAGGGGGACUCAAAUAUUUGAUAAUUCGCCUUUAGGAGCAAUUCCGGAUGCAAUGAAAGUGAAUCUUUUGAAGAGCAUAAGUCGGACACUUGGUGUGAAUAUUACUAGCUCGACUUGUGUGACAACUGGUGCGGAUAUAUUGAGUAAACAAGGGGUUACUGAUAUUGACAAAUGGGGGUGCUUUUGGGUCACAAUUGCAUUGGGUUUCUUGUUUAGAAUCUUGUUUUAUUUUGCUUUAUUGGUUGGAAGUAAAAACAAAAGAAGGUAAACCACCCUAUUACCACACAUUUCCCCAAGCUGUAAUUUAUUUGUUCUCCUUUUGAGUUUUAUUUGGUUUGAAUUUAGUUUCUUUUUCAUAUGGGAAACUUAUCUUUUCUAAUACCAGGUAUUUCUUUUAGCA